AGCGCCCAAGAUCGACCAGGACGCUCCUGUAGACGCUGCACCGCCCGUGUUCUGUCUCGACUUGGGCGUGGAAAUCGCAUUCCCCAGUCGCGACGUGGUGGACGCGAUGGGCAGCGAGACACAAGCGUCCGCCGGUAGUGGCUGUCUUCGCAGCUCACCUAUGAACGCGGUUAUGGGCCACUUAAAAUCGUCCUUAAGGACAUAUUCACUACACGCAGUGGACUGCGUCUUCGAGCCGAUGGACGUCGAAUCGUCCACCAUCGCGCUGAUGGGCAUUGCGUCGCUAUGUUCGAGGUCCAAUAUGGACGUCGAAGAGGACAUGGACACCUGGGGACGUGAAGCGAAGCGCCAAGUGGACCAAUUAUUCGAAACCGAGAAGAGAAUCUCCUUGGAUCAAACUACUGGAAUGGUCCGACACGUACCGAUCUCUCCCGCUUAUGAACUACCCACUAGUGGCAGUGGAUUGCCACAGUUUAUACUAGGCGAGACGGUGAUUUGGUCUGACAAUGAAGGAGAGAAACAGGAAGCAAAGGACCAAAGUUUCUUCACACAUGUACAGUUGCAUGUCAAGAAUGACGGGAAGACGCCGUUGCAUUUGUAUCGACUUACAUUGGUGGAGAAGAGCCAAGAACCUGUAGAACAGGGCUUCGUACUGCCCUUAGUAGCCCCGGCAGUGGUGCAGCCAGACACGAGUGAGGUCGUGUCGUUCAAGGCGAUUACUGGCGCUGCAGUGGACGCGUCGAAGAGCUAUUUGCUGUAUAUUUCGCACAGUGGCUUCCGCUCACAUGUGUUUGAAGUUGGAUCUAUGGCAAUUGCGGUGGCGGUGGGGCUUGCGGUGACGUUGUAUAUUCGACGCAAGAGACCGAGCGUUCGUCUCAUGGGCCAUGUGGCAACUAGCUGUCUCAGAUCGCCGAGUAAAACAGGAGGAACGGGAGGUCGAACCUCAGCCAAACCGAUUUCAAACCGUGUAGCUUCCAGUCGCGCUGCGAUAUCAGAAAGAGGAGAAGACCAUAUUGAAAUGGAGAGAAUGCCUGCAAUCACUAUGAAGUGGAGAGCACCGCCACCGCCGAUUCAAAGCUCUGAUACUGGAACCAACAAGACAUCACUAGCCAUCCCGAGAGCGCUGGAAACACAUAAGCUGCUCUUGGAUCUCGACCGCAAAGCCAGACUUCAUCCGAAACGCUUUGAAAGCAUGUGGGACGAAUACGUCGAGAGAGCGAACUACCUGACACCAACCGACCAGACUCCGACACGUUACUGA